ACGUCACAGCAUUCGUCGGGAUACGUGCGCCACCGCUGCGAACUCGUCGUGCGCGCCCACGAGACGACACGUCGUUAUUAUCUAGCCCGCGAGUGUGCCGAGGCUUCUCGUUACCCUUACGUGUGGAGGCCCGAGCGAUAAAAGGAGGAAGCCCGUUCGUUGGGGAGCGAGCGAGCCGUCAGCAGAAUGGCGCCAAAAAAAGUGGAAGAACCAGAAAAGAAACCGCUUAUCGGACGCGUAGGCACGAAUCUCAAAGUCGGCAUUGUUGGGAUCCCUAAUGUUGGAAAAUCAACCUUUUUCAAUGUUCUAACGAAGAGUCAAGCGGCUGCAGAAAACUUUCCUUUCUGCACCAUAGAUCCAAAUGAAAGUAGGGUACCCGUUCCGGACGACCGCUUCGACUACCUCUGCACGUACUUCAAGCCCGUUAGCAAGGUGCCGGCGUUUUUGAACGUAGUCGACAUCGCCGGCCUAGUCAAAGGUGCUGCAGCGGGACAAGGAUUGGGCAACGCUUUUCUGUCUCACAUAAGUGCCUGCGACGGCAUCUUCCAUAUUUGUCGAGCUUUCGAAGACGAUGACGUCACGCAUAUCGAGGGUGACGUUAAUCCAGUAAGGGAUUUCGAAAUAAUUAACGAGGAACUCCGAUUAAAGGAUGUUGAAUUUAUCACUGCUCAUUUAGAAAAAUUGGAAAAAUUAGUUGUGAGAGGAAACGACAAAAAACUGAAACCUGAAUAUGAUGCUCUGCUAAAAGUGAAGCAAGUUCUAGUGGAGGACAAAAACCACAUCAGAUUCGUCGAUUGGAGUCUAAACGAGAUCGAGAUCCUAAAUAAAUAUAUGUUUCUUACGUCUAAGCCGGUGAUCUAUCUCGUGAAUCUUUCGGAGAAGGACUACAUUCGUAAGAAAAACAAAUGGUUAAUCAAGAUCAAAGAGUGGGUGAAUAAGAACGAUCCAGGGGCCAUAUUGAUUCCGUUUAGCGGCACCUUCGAGAACAAAUUCAUCGACAUGGACGAGGGCGAGCGAGCCAAGUACAUCGAGGAAUCCAGAGUCUCGAGCGCCCUCGAUAAAAUCAUCGUCCAAGGAUACAAAGCCCUACAGUUACAGUAUUUCUUUACUGCUGGUCCUGACGAAGUCAAGGCUUGGACGAUUCAGAAAGGAACAAAAGCACCACAGGCUGCUGGCAAAAUUCAUACUGAUUUUGAAAAAGGUUUUAUCAUGGCCGAAGUCAUGAAAUUUGAUGAUUUCAAAAACGAAGGUUCGGAGGCAGCGGUAAAGGCAGCGGGUAAAUACCGACAACAGGGACGAAAUUAUAUUGUCGAGGACGGCGAUAUAAUUUUCUUUAAAUUUAAUGCCGGUGCUGGUUUAAAAGAUCCGAAGAAAAAGUGAUUACCAAUGGUAGAAUCGUACGGAUCUUCUCCAACUUGUGAAUAUCUGAUGUUUGUGAUUCUACGUUCGUUGGAGCGUAAUGGCUGGUCAAUAAAUCGGCUGAAUUUCUCACUUUCAUUCGAGAUUUCUUUACUCUAUACGUGUGUAUAGAUUGCAUUUUGUUGUGCAUUUCAUCCCUAUUCAGAAUUACUUUUAAUUUUACGUGAUAGUUGAAAAUGAAACAUUGAUAUUGUAUUUUUUUUCUCAAACAAUGACUUUGUGAUUUGAUGAUUUGAACGCACGAUCAAUUAUAGAAUUUGUAUAAUAAACGCUUUACUUUA